AUUCGAAAGACGAGGUCGCGAAGCUUAAGAAAGGAAAGGCUCCAUUAGGUGACAGUUAGAGGAUUACUUUAUCAAGUGGAAAACGAGUUGAGAAAAAUGUCAACCACACCAACAAACCCAGAUGAGGGUAAUCAGAAUCAAGGUCGGGAUCAAGAAGACCCUACCAUGACUCAAAUUCUCCGUCUUCUUCAGCUGCAAACCGCUGCUUUGAACCAGCAGCCCCAAGCUCCUCGAGUCGGAAGCUUUAAAGCUUUCCAAUCCCUCCACCCACCUGAAUUUAGGGGAACUACAGAUCCAAUUAAAGCGAAAACCUGGAUAAAGGAAAUGGAAAAAGCUUUUUCUUUAACGGAGGUGGGUGAAAAUAAGAAAACGGAAUAUGCAAGUUUCUACCUGAAAGACGAGGCAAAUUUUUGGUGGGAGUCCACCAAGACCUUAGAAGGAAAUGGUAUUAUUACGUGGGAAAGGUUUACGGAGUUAUUUUUGGAAAAGUAUCUACCUCAAUACUUACAAGAUCAGUUGGAAGUUAAGUUUUUAGAAUUGAAACAGGAAGGUAUGACUGUGGCAGAAUAUGAGGCAAAGUUUUCAGAAUUGGCAAGGUUUGUGCCAGAAUAUGUGAAUACGGAACACAAAAAGGCAAAACGGUUUCAACAAGGACUUAAGUCAUGGAUACGUAGUCGAGUGUCAGUUUUUGAGCUUCAAACAUAUGCUGCAGUGGUUCAGAAGGCUAUGAUUGUGGAAGGUGAAAGUGAGAUGUCAAAAAGAGAGAACGAUAGUAAGAAAAGAAAAUUUGAAAGGUCUGAAGAAAGUCAAGGGCAAUCAAGUGGAAAGUCUAAAGGUAAAUUCAGGAAAGGUUCUGACAACCCAACCAAUAAAGGAUUUCAAGGAUCCAAGCCCGGAAAUGUUGGACAGAGUAACCGUUUCUCCGGUCAGAAUCAGCAACAGAAAGGUAAUAGACCUCCGGCCCCAGAAUGUAAGACUUGUGGGAGGAAGCAUUCUGGAAUCUGUAACAAGCCUAACAUCACAUGCUUCAAAUGUAACAAGAAGGGUCAUUAUUCUUCAGAAUGUACUAGUACUUCGGGCAAGAAGGGCGUGACAUGUUUUAAGUGUGGCAAGUUGGGCCAUAUGGCAAGAGAUUGCAAGGAGCCUGUUCAACAAGCAAAUGUUCUGAGGAUAGCUGGAUCACCAACACCGACACCUCCAGUACAACCAAGAGCCAGAACUUUUAAUAUGACGAUGAAAGAUGCUGUUCAGGACUCAGAUGUGGUUGCAGAUUCGAAAGACGAGGUCGCGAAGCUUAAGAAAGGAAAGGCUCCAUUAGGUGACAGUUAGAGGAUUACUUUAUCAAGUGGAAAACGAGUUGAGCUAAGCAAGAGGAAGAUGGCCAGUCCUAGGUGCUCAGUUCGUUAGACUGUCUACAUCCCCCUCUCUGUUUCAUUAGAUUACUUUAGCAGCUCAGGUAGAGGACGCUUUGGAUAGUCAGUGAGGAGUAAGUAUGUUAGUAUGGACCGUUGUAAACAGUACCUUUGAGAUGUUUUAUAUAAUUCCAAGUAGGAAUUAUGGUUGAUGCUAUUUAUUAAGGGUUUGUAAUAAGUUUAUAACUUAUUAUUUUGGUUAGUAGUUGUAACUUGUUUCAUACCAUCACCUGUUAAAGAUCCUUGUGGUGUAAAGGGGUUGAGUAUUUAUAUUGCUAAAUCCAGGUUGUGCA